GACCCUACGCCGAAGAGAGAAAAGAGAAGGGAACAGAGCUGCUGCCCGAACGCCGGGAAAAGGUUGUCGCCGCCGCCACUCCAGCGUUACUGCUCCGCCGUCACCGGGAAGCUGACCGACGUCGCUGCUUCGCCGUCACCGGAAAACAGCCCCGCCACUGUUCGCUUGGUCAUUGGUUCAAUUCGUCAAUUUGUUUUAAUUCGUCAAUUAAUCGAGGUAAUAGGAACGAUGUAUAAUGAGACGGUCUUGGAGGCAGCGAGGGCGAAGAGAUGGAUGGAUGCUAGCUGGAGGAAUUAUCUAAUUUAAUAUUUAAGUUUGAAUUAUUAUGUUCUCAAGGGCAAGAACCCAAAGUUGUAUUUUGAUUAAGUACUUAAAGGCUUCCGCACCGUUUUGAUUUACUCUGAUGGAUAUUUAAAUAUUGUUUUGAAUUAAAUGUUUUAAAUUGUUUUGAAAAUUAUUGCGUUUGAAUUCCAAUUUAGUAGCAACCCGAUCCGCUGGUCCUUGUAUUCGGGUCACGCGGAUUGGGGUGUUACACAGGAGAGGGAUAAUACAGAGAAUGAAAGUGUGAUCAUUGAAGAUUCAGAGGAGGUGCUUGUAAGGAAAAUUGCAGACAAAAGCAAGAUCCUGUCAAGCACAAUUAUUGAUCUACUAAACAUGAUUCAGGAUGCACCAAAGUCGAUGGGAAAGAAUUUGAUGUUUUGUAAGAUGCGUAAUGUGUGCCAUAGAGUAAUUGACAUAAAUGUUGAAAAGAAAGAAAAUUUUGAACAAGAUGUUGGGAACAAUGAAACAGACAUGUUCGGGGAUUCAGAAUUCUGGAGCAGUCCAGAGCUUUGGGCAGCGGUUGAACAAGCGGAAAAGGCAGCAGAAGUGCGGAAGAAGUAUGAAGAAUUUAUUAAUGAUGUGCCUUCUUUCAGUCUAGGGAUGACACAGAUUCUAGAAGAAGAAGGUAGGGGUGAAACUGAGAUGGAGAGCACGCGUGAGAUGCAGAAGAGCAAUGAGGUGAACGAAGAGAUGACGCCAGCGAACAUCACUAAUGCUGAUCCUCACAACACCCCGAACAUGGCUGGUCCUCUAGACACCCAGAACAUGGAACCUGAGCAGAACAAAGAUAUAGAGCAGAAUGAAGGGAUGAUUGGUGCAGAAUGUGAUGCAGUGCAGAACAAUCAAGAUUUGAACAAUGAGAUGGAGGUGAUGGUUGAAGAGAGAAUAUUUGAAGGAGGUGCUGGGCUGAAAAGGAAAUUUGAUGAGGUGAUUGAUCCAAGAGAUAAUGUGAACACAUUUGAGAAGAAAUUUUGGAAGUGGGUUGUAAGCAAGCAAGAUGCUGACAGGAAUAACAUUGUGUUCAAUGGCCCAGUUUUUGCGAAAACAAUUAGAUGUAUGUUCACGAGCGAGGGGGAGAUGGAAGAGAAUGCUGAUGCUUUUAAGGUCGUUUGUGAUGCAUUGGAAUAUGGAUGGAGCUUGACUAAUCCAUGCGAUGUUGAUAUGAUAUUCUUUCCAGUAAUGCAACAUCGUUGGUGUUAUUGCAUAUGUGUGAACCUGAAGGGGAAUAGGGUUGAUAUUCUCGACAACUCAUCAGCCGGCGUUGCAAAGAUUGAUAAAUAUGACUAUAUGCCAAGCGUUGUUAAACACAACCAAAACCAGCAGCUUCCUGGCAGUGUUCUUAGCAGUGCUUUUGGCCAAGUACAUCAGCAACACCAGCAGCAAAUCGGUGCAAAACCAGCAGCAAACCAGUGCCCCAUAGUUCAGUUUCAGCUUGCAGUCCAAUCAUUGCCCCAAAAUACAGUCCAUGACCUCUCAUCUAAGCGGAAGGUUGAGACUCCAAAUCCCCAGGUUUAUGCUUUUGUUUUCCUCCGAAUUUUGGUGCUUUUUUGUCAUGAUUCAGGCCUUCGGGUUACUGUCAUCAGCACCUCUGCCGACAAAAAACAAGAGGCCAUAGAACGUUUUGGUGUUGAUUCCUUCUUGAUCAGUUGUGACCUUGAACAAAUGCAGGCUACAAAGAGCACACUUGAUGGGAUAAUAGACACAGUUUCUGCAGUUCAUCCUCUUACGCCACUACUAAGCUUAUUGAAGACCAAUGGUAAGCUUGUAUUGGUUGGUCUCCCGGAGAAACCCCUUGACUUGUUGGCGUUUCCCUUCAUCAUGGGUAUGUAAUAUUAGCCACACUUCCAUUCACUUGUUGUACAUAUCUCUGCUCUGCCUUGGCAUUGAUCUAAAAUGAACUAAAUGACAUUAA